CGGUACAACAACAACAAAGUGUAAUAAUAAUUAAAUUUAGAUUUUUCAGGAAGAAACGCUUUUAAGUAAUCUAAACUUUUUCAAGCAGAUGCCAGGUGAUAUAAUUCAGCUGAAUGUUGGCGGUAAGAGGUUUGCAACAUCCAAAGAGACCCUGACAUGGAUUCAAGAUUCGUUUUUCACAAGUUUACUAAGUGGAAGAAUUUCUUCCUUAAAAGAUGAUAAUGGAGCAAUAUUCAUUGAUAGAGAUCCAGCCUUAUUCACUGUGAUUUUAAAUUAUCUACGGACAAAAGAAGUUGAUUUAAACAAUGUAGAUAUCAGCUCACUAAAACAUGAAGCAGAAUUCUAUGGUAUCAAACCUUUAGUUCGAAGGUUGUGUUUGUGUGAGGAAUUAGAUGCAGCUUCAUGUGGGGAUGUUCUCUUUCAUGGUUAUCUCGGACCACCUUGUCCACCAGUACCAGAUUUUAUGAGAAGUAGGUCACAGUCUAUUAUUAGCACCGACAGUCACCAUGCUAUUAGAGGGGCGACACCACAAAGGCAUUCCUCCGUUGAUCCAAGACCUGGAGACUCCAAUCAGGAUGAUGUUCAUACACACGCCAGACAGAUGUCCGUUGACUUUUCGGCAUUGAUGCACCAUGGCUCUAGUAUAGCCCGUACACCAUCAACGCAUAGUAUGUCACGGUUGUCUCUAUCUACAGAUGCUAGGAGUAUAUCUAGACCUGUUCCUUAUGAGUCACUCAGCACAAGACUUGCACAUGCACAACCUAUGUCCGGUUAUAUAACAGAUCCAUUAAAGGUGACCAUGUUGCGAGGUCAUCACAACUGGAUUGCUGUAGCAUACCCACACUUUGUGUGCUGUUUUAGGAUGAAAGAUUCUACUGGCUGGCAUCUGAUCUGGACAAGUUCCUACCUGGAUAUACCUAUUGAACGUAUAGCUAUCAAUGCUAAAGUCCUGUCAGCCAAUCAGGAUAAUACAAACAAAAUGGUUGCCGCAUCUUCUGCUAGUCUUGUCAGGCUCUGGUCAAUAUCCGACGGUGAUGGCGAAAGCCGAGAAAUUGGUGUGUUCAACUUGAAUGUGUCAGUUGAUUCCCUGUUCUUUAUAGGCAGUCAGCUUGUUGCUCUCAGUAAACUUGGAAAGGUUGGAGUCUGGCACUCCAUGACACAUAAUUGGCAGAUUCAAGAUGUUGUGGCUAUUACAAGCUAUGAUAAAGCUGGAUCUUUCUUACUUCUUGGUUGUGAAAAUGGUUCUGUCUAUUAUAUUGAUAUGCAGAAGUUUCCUUUACGUAUGAAGGAUAACGAUUUGUUAGUGACAGAAUUGUAUCGUGAUCCAGCCGGGGACAAAGUUACAGCUCUUAGUGUGUACCUCACACCUAAAACAAGUGUGAGUGGUAACUGGAUAGAAAUUGCAUAUGGCACGAGUUCUGGCACAGUACGGGUCAUAGUGCAGCACCCAGAGACUGUCGGGCACGGUCCUCAGCUGUUUCAAACAUUCACUGUCCAUCGAAGUCCUGUAACUAAAGUCAUGCUGUCAGAAAAACACCUUGUGUCAGUAUGUUCUGAGUACAAUCACGUACGUACAUGGAGUGUGACACGAUUCCGUGGAAUGAUCUCAACACAGCCGGGCUCCACACCUUUAGCUUCGUUUAAAGUGAUAUCACUGGAGGACUAUGAUCCAAAUCAGAGCUACAUGGCUGGAAAUGAUUUUGGUCCAUUUGGAGAGCAAGAUGAUCAACAAGUUUUUGUGCAGAAAGUAGUUCCAGAGACUGAUCAGCUCUUCAUACGCUUAUCAUCAUCUGGCAGGAGAGUUUGUGUGAUUAAGUCAGUAGAUGGUACAACGAUUAGUGCAUUCCGAGUCCAUGAGUGUGAGGGCUCAAGUAGAAUGGGCUCACGCCCUCGUAGGUUCCUCUUUACAGGUCACACUAACGGUGGUAUACAGAUGUGGGACCUUACAACAGCCCUAGAUCUGAUGAGCCCUGUUGAAGAGAGUAAACAAGUUGGGCCAAUAAAACCUUCAACAACAGAACAAAAUCUUGGUGGACCGACACCUAAGGAACUGGUGAAAUUGUUAGACCAGUGUGACAUAUGCCAAUCACAAAACUCCACCCCAUGUAUAAGCCCCUCCCCUUCUAUUAUUGGAGGAAGUAUCCAAAGACCGUGUCUAGACUUGGUACAUGGGAUUUCAGUGCCAAACAUAGAGCAUUUAGAGGAACAAGGUGCCGCUGGCGGGAUCGAGAAGUCUCAGGUCACCAGUUUAUGAUGCAUGCUCUCUUGUUAUACAGUUUGGACCUGGUGAAAGAUACAGACAUAACAGAAGUAAUAGCUACUGGGUGUGAUCAGAAGAGUUGUCUCCCUUUGAACUUUGAAUUCUGCCAAUAUAAUACUGGAUCUGACAGAAGGAUGUUUUGUUCGUUUGACAAGAGCAGUUACCUUGUGAAUCGUGCCAUUUUAGGGAAUAUAAACUAUACUUUAAUGGAUAUACCAUACUUUAUAAAGCACUUAAAUAAUUUUUGAUAUAACACUAAUGUAAUACUGCUUUUUUCAACAUCAUAGCAACGUGUUAAAAUGUAGGCUUUUGCAGUAUGUAUAUCACUUAAAACAUUACAUAAUGUAUGUA